AUGGCGGAGGGUAAUUUUGUGGUGGAAAUCGAGAGAGAAAAUGGUGAUGGCAAGCGCGAUAUUGCUGGUCAUGGGCCGUUGGCUGCCAACGGUGUUGGUGGGAUUUCACGCAGCGACUCGUGUUCCAGUGUAUCAGGAUCUUCUGACAGGAACCUGCCAGUGAAAGAAUUUAAGUCCUUGGAGUUGUCAGCACAGGACAAUUCAGGCAAUGGAACUGUGGAAUUCGAGAUUCCAGUAGACAUUAGACAUCACAACGUUGAUUUUGGCACGAAAACAGAUUACGAGAGAGAGAUAUUUGUAGAAGGUGCAGAAGUUGAAGAUGCUCCACAGUUGCCUCCAAUUCACAUCGUUAUGCUUAUUGUUGGUUAUGUUGACAUUACCAGCAUUGACUCCAUUGUUGGUCUUGUGAGAUUUGCUGUUGAACAAUUGAUGCUGGAAUUUUUUGGCAGGCAGAUGGUCAUAGGGCCUACAAGUGAAUUUCCACAUCCUCUUUCCCGAGUUAGGCAACAAGUUGCAUAUAAAUUAUCGUAUCAAAUAGUUGAUUCUCUAAUCUGGCUUGGAAUACGUGACAUGAUAAACGAGUUCAGAAGGAAAAAACUUAAGUUAAGGCGCGUAACGUAUUUAAGUGGGUCUUAUGGUUCUCAUACAGAUACUCCUUGUGCAUAUAUUUGGAGUCCCCAUCUCGUGCCUAAACCAAAAGAUUGGGGACCGAAUAUCGAUGUUGUCGGGUUUUAUUUUAUGGACCUUGCUUCGAAUUACGAGCCACCAGAUUCACUCAUGGAGUUUCUCAGAGAUGGUAAAGAGCCUAUUUACAUUGUAUUUGGUAGUCUACCAGCUGAAGAGCCUGGGAAGAUGACUCAGAUAAUCGUUGAGGCUCUUGAAAUCACUGGACAACGUGGUAUCAUUAACAAAGGUUGGGGUGGCCUUGGAAACUUGGCAGAGCCAAAAGACUUCAUCUAUUCACUGGAUAAUUGUCCGCACGAUUGGUUGUUUACUCGAUGUGCGGCUGUAGUUCAUCAUGGAGGAGCAGGAACAACGGCUGCCGGGCUUAAAGCUGCAAUAAUUUCCCUUCUUUUCAUUACAAUAUGA